CCUGUGAAAACAACACCACGUGUGAAUGAAUGAGAACCUGACAGCGUUGCACACACAGACACACAAACACACGCAGACAGACACACUAAGAGCAGAAACGGUGGUUUACUAACUUAAGUGUUUGUUUGUAUCGAGGUGGUAAAGACGUCACUUCCGGACAAGAGCGACCGGUCACCAUGAGCUUCGUGGAGUACAAGGACUUCAUUCAGGACGGGGACGUGGCUAUCGUGUACCUGGGCCACGACUCCCUGAUGCCCGUCAAGGUGCAGCAGGGCGCCCAGACGCAGACCCGCUUCGGAGCCAUUCGCCACUCGACGGACCUCAUCGGCCAGCGCUACGGGUCGAAGGUCACCUGCAGCAAAGGCGGGUGGGUGCAGGUGCUUCACCCGACGCCCGAGCUGUGGACGGUGUGCCUGCCGCAUCGCACACAGAUCCUCUACACCACCGACAUCGCCACCAUCACCAUGAUGCUGGAGCUGAAGCCGGGGUCGGUCGUCUGCGAGUCGGGUACUGGCAGCGGCUCCCUCUCCACGCCAUCCUGCGCCCUCGCCCCCACCGGCCACCUGCACACCGUGGAGUUCCACCAGCAGCGGGCGGAGAAGGUGGCCGAGGAGUUCAAGGAGCACCGCGUGGAUCACCUGGUGACCGUCAGGACAGACGUGUGCAAGGACGGCUUCGGAGUGAGCGGCGUGGCGGACGCGGUGUUCCUGGACAUCCCGAGCCCCUGGGAGGCCGUGCACCACGCCAAGGCCGCGCUGAAGAGACACGGGGGUCGCUUGUGCUCGUUCUCUCCGUGCAUCGAGCAGGUUCAGAAGACGUGCCAGGCGCUGGCGGAUCAGGGCUUCGAGGAGAUCAGCCCCUUGGAGGUUCUGCUCCGGGUCCACGACGUUAGGAACAUCUACCUGCCGCUGCCCGACUUCGGUCCUGACUCCGGGCCCGACCUCUGCGCUCCGACUGAGCCCGACGGCAAACAGCAGGCGCCGAACCACGCCUCCGUCACCCUGAAGACGACCACGCCUCCCAGAGAGAUACCGGGUCACACAGGUUACCUCACCUUCGCCACCAAACCCAGAACCUAGAGCUCGGAACCUAGAGGGGUUUUUCUCUCGUGCAGUUGAUAAUCCGUACUUCCCUCGUACAUUCAUAAGACUGUGAUAAUCCAGCGGGGGGGGGCGGUGGGGGUACCAGGUUCCUCCGGCUCCCUGUUGGCUCUGCAGCGCUGAAAGGAUUUACAGUUGUGUGUUACAUGAUUCUGUGCUCCUGUCACUUGGCACCGGUUGGUUGCUUGCAUCAAGCAAGAGUGAAAAUCAAAUCCACAGCAAAUUAAUUUGAGAAGAAUCUCUGUGCUUUUUAAGCUGCUUUCAUUUGUUGACUGGAACAGUUUUAUUUUGUAUUUUCAUUUUAUGCACGUUUGGAUUCAUAUGAAAACAAUAAAUGUGUAAA